GCUCAUACAACCUAAUUGAAGGAUCCAUCAUGAUCAUCAAGCUCAGCCAAAUGGUAACAAUACUCACAGCUUCCCCUUAAAAUUCCCAGCUCAGUCAUGAGAGGGUCAAAAAGGCGUGUUCGCGAAACUUGGGUUUUUCACUUCUCGGGCGAAUGCAGAUGGAAUAUUCAGUCGACGGUAUUGCAACAGCCAGGAAUUCGAAACUCUUAGCGUACAUUUACACAUCGACGGCGACAUUCUGGACCUACGAUUUUGUUUUCUUACUCCACGAAGAGUGGACAUUCCUACUUCGAUCGCGUUGGACAAAGGUAAAAGGCCUUUAUAUCAUUGCACGACAUGUCCCAUUUGUCCUUAUCAUCGUGGACCUAUGUCUGGCCUCGACCCAAAACGAGAACCCCGAGGUAUGUGCAGCAGACUUCCACUGAUGAGGACGCCUAGUGUAUGACUUCGCUAGAAAUGCCAGAUAUUGAAUAGUAUUUUCGCAUUUUUCGCAGUGAUAUCACUCGGU